AUGCUGUUAAGACAUCAAAACCCCGCUAAGGUUAUUUAUAAGGCAGUCCAGUUUCUCCUUGCGGUAAUUACUGUUGCAGCAAGCAUACGUGCUGGGACUCCAAAUAUCGUGAAGGAAGGUGCGGACACAUUGGUCAACAAAAAUACUCAUAUUCCUACAGAUUUACUUGGCAAGAAAUGGUCUUAUGUAACUGUUAGACCAGGUGUGCAUAUGUUUUGGUGGUACUAUCCAUGCAGAAACAGUUUCAAGACCAAAAGCCAACAAAUACCAUUAGUGAUAUGGUUACAAGGUGGGCCAGGAGAAGCUGCUAGUGGUAUGGGAAAUUUUUUAGAAAUUGGUCCGUAUGAUAUGCAUUGGCGUACUCGAAAUACAACUUGGGCCAAUAAAGUUCAUUUAUUAUUUAUUGAUAGUCCUGUAGGGACAGGCUUUAGCUACGCUGAUGAUUUAUCGUUAUAUGCACGAGAUGAGCACCAAAUUGCUACCGAUUUAUUCUCAGUAUUAAGAGAUUUCUAUAGCGCAGUACCAGAUAUGCAUCAAUUGCCCUUGUACAUCUUUGGCCAGUCCUACGGUGGUAAAAUGGCAGUUUCAUUUGCAUCUUUACUAACGCAAGCCAUUGCUGAUACUAGAAUCCAAUGUAAUCUUACUGGAAUCGGCCUAUUCGAUCCAUUAAUAUCGCCUAUAGAUACUGUGACAUCCUAUAUUGAUUAUUACAAAGCUUUCUCUUUAAUGGAUGACAAUGAAGCUAAAUUGGCUCAUGAAUACGUUUAUAAAAUUACCCAAUUAAUUAAUAAACAACAAUUUGAUCAAGCAUCCACAACUUUAAUACGAUUGCUUACGUAUAUCGUAGAUGCUACUGGUCUAGUUGAUGUCUAUAAUGUACUUCGACAUGUUGAUCAUAAUCCAUUUACACCAUCUCAUCGUAUCAACAAUAGUAGUGAAGAAGUAUUAUUAUCACAAUUGAUGAAUGGCCCAAUAAGGAACGCAUUAGGCAACAUACCUCAAAAUUUAACCUGGUAUCCUGGCAAUGGUCAAGUCUAUCAAAUAUUAGGAAACGACAUCAUGCAAUCAGUUACCGAUAAAAUAGAUGGCCUACUAAGUGAUAAUAUAACAGUUGCUGUCUUUACUGGCCAAUUUGAUGGUUUAACUAAUACCAUCGGCACACAAGCAUGGAUAGAUAAACUAAAGUGGUCAGAUUUGUAUCAAUAUCAGCAAAUUGAUAAAGUACCAAUAUAUGAUCAGGAUAAUAUCAUAGCAUUUACUAAGAGCUAUAAGCAAUUUUCCUAUCAUUGGAUACUAAAUGCUGGCCAUUAUGCAAUUAGAGACGCUCCUGAUACUACAUUUACACUUUUCCAAAAAGUUAUUGGUGUUCUUUAA